AUGUCCCUCGCUGCCUCUCGCGCCGUGCUGCGGCAAUCCCGCUUCGCCGUGCGCCGCCCCGCCGUGCGCCAUGCCUCCACCACCUCGGAGGCCGCAAAGGAAAAGGCCGCUCAAGCCACCUCCAAGGCCUCUGAGGGUCUUGCCCGCGCGAGUGCGACCGGCAGCGCUGCUCUCUCCAAGGCCACCCAGUUCGGCGGCGCCGCUCUGCAGCGCCUGGCCUCCGCCGGCGGCCGCACCGCCAAGGUUGCCGGCUUCGUCCAGUCUCUCAUCCCCCCGACCGUCUACUACUCGCGCGUCGCGCUUGAGCUGGGCAAGAUUGUCUUCCACGCCCGCAAGAUGAGCCCUCCGUCCACGCAAACUUUCCAGGCCUACUUCCAGCCCCUCCUCAACGCCCUCAAGAACCCCUCCCAGCUCUCCGGCCAGACUUCCAACCUCCUGGCCCGCGUCAGGAACGUGAACAGGGCGGAGCUCGCUUCUGCCGGUGUCGUUGCCGCCGAGGUCCUUGGCUUCUUCACCGUUGGCGAGAUGAUUGGCCGCAUGAAGAUCGUCGGCUACAGGUCGAGCGCGCCUGCCCACCACUAA